AUGUUAGUUUUCCGCGUCGCCGUGGGUUUUACUGUAUUGUGCGCCAGUGUAUCCUGGAAUGUGUUGUGCGCAACCGAUUGGGCUUGCCUGGAACGUUAUGAAGCGAAUGAGUCUGCAAAGAACAUUCCUUUGUAUCCCAGGUCGUCACGACGCAGCCGUGCUAUGCACUCUGAGGCGGGUCAACUUCUUAAAACUAUGUACGCUCAGAAAUUAAGCAUUCCAGAAAUUGCCAUUGAAAGGAGCACUAGCAAUUGGGGAGACAGCGAAAGGCUGCGUCGCUUGUUUCGCAAGCUGCAUGCAGGGGAAGCUAUCAGCAUGGUCGUUUUGGGUGGGUCCAUCACGUGUGGAGGGGACACUCGUCACCUAGAGGAGCAAUGGCCAUACAGGUACACCGUCAAUGACGACAGAGGGGCCUCUAUGGGCAAUCUGAAGGAUCUCCCUAUUAUGGAGAACGAAUGGAGGCGUGGAUUUGAAAGACUUUUGCGGAAGCUCGUCAAGCUUCCCACUUCGCCCGCACUGCUCUAUUUGCAUGUCUAUCAACCUGCAUACAUGGGGCGUUCAUUCUGGAUGAGUGCUGAAAUGGAAAUGGAGACGAUAUUGCAGUACUACAGCAUUCCCACAGUGUCAGCUCGCAAUGCCUUGUACCAUCUGCUAAUUGCUAAGGCCCAUGGCUUUUCAGAGGAGGAAGUGCACUGCGGGGUGCAUCCAAAUCCGUUGGGCCACAGAUAUUAUGCAGACCUCGUCAUAGCCACCUUGCAAGACCACGCCUACAUUGCUUACACAACAGCAGAGGAGCACAUGGAGGCAACAGCAACUUUUGAAAGCUUGAAGAGCGUGCCACCACCCAUGUUGGAUCAAAAUUGGGAUUUUGAGAGCGAAUGCUUGUCAGGGGAUAGCCUUCAUCAGGCACUUGUACCAGAACUAACCCAGGAACAACUCUUUAAAACUCCUAUGGCAAAUCCAAUAGUGUGCUGCUGCGGUCCUGCCACAGUCAAGAAGUUCUACAUCAUGACAUGCAAAAAGGUUAUCCUUUCUUCGGUAUCUUUGCAGGACUGGACAUUUGUGGAUGAGGGCAAGCAUGGGCACCCAAAACUGGGCUUCGUUACUACUCAACCUGGUGCAAGCAUUGUAUUACAGGCAAGUUUAAUUCUUCCUUGUCACGUGAACACGACAUCAGAACACAAGAAUUUCCAGGGCGAUGUCCUGCUGGCAUUGGGCUACCUAGUGAGCUACGAGCACAUGGGUUUCUUUUCAGUGGAAUGCUUGUCGGGGUGUGCUUGUGAGGGCAUACCUAAUCACACUGCCACCCACCAAUCCCACAGCUCCAUAUUUAAGUUCGUCUAUUUUGCAGCAACGCAAAACAGCCACUGCCGCCUCAGGAUAACAUCUCUAAACCAAACGGAGUCCGGGGAACACAAGGUCAAAUUUGAUUCCAUCAUGGUGGCCACUGGGAUCAGUUCCAAUUGGGUGAACGAUAUGAAUCACGUUUACCAAAGUUGA